AUGGGUUCGAAACCAGCAUUUGGUUGGGCUUGCUUGUUAACAUCUUUGAUGGUAUUGGUUACCGGAGUUCGAGGCCAAUUCAAGUUUUUCAACGUGAUGAACUACGGUGCAGUUGCAGAUGGAGCAACCGAUAACAGUCAGGCAUUUCUUAAGGCGUGGAAGGAAGCAUGUGAAUGGAAGGGAAUGGCUACAGUUUUGAUCCCUCCCGGAUCAUACAUGGUGAACUCAGUGAGAUUCGAGGGUCGAUGCAAGGGCCUAGUGGGCGUUGUGAUCGGAGGGCUUCUUAAAGCUCCUGCUGAUCCAUUCAAGUUCUCAACCGAUAGUUGGAUUAAUUUCCGAUAUGUUGACCAGUUGACUGUCAGUGGUGGCGGCACCUUGGAUGGCCAGGGCCAGGUAGCUUGGGGCAUCAAUGACUGCAACAAGAAUUCUAGUUGUCCUAGGCUACCUACUACAUUGAGAUUUGAUUUUGUGACCAACGCACGGAUUGAUCAAGUGAGUUCCAUUAACAGCAAGAACAACCACAUUGUGAUUUUUGGCUGUGAGAACUUGAAUAUGAGUCGUAUCAAUAUAUCAGCUCCGGCCAACAGCCCCAACACCGAUGGGAUAAAGAUUGGAAGCUCUCACGGCAUUAGAAUCUCACAUUCCACAAUCGGUACCGGCGAUGACUGUAUUGCCAUGCUGUCCGGAACUAAAGACGUCGAUAUUUCGAAUGUUGUUUGUGGACCGGGGCAUGGAAUAAGCAUCGGCAGCCUCGGCAAAAAUAAUGGAGAUGAUGUCGACGGAGUUGUCGUCAAAAACUCCACCUUUCGCGGCACUUCUGAUGGAGUGAGAAUCAAAACAUGGGCUGCUCCAUUCCUUGGCACGGCUUCUAAUUUUAUAUUUCAAGACAUUUUCAUGGAUCAAGUCGGCAAUCCCAUCAUUCUUGAUCAAGAAUAUUGCCCCUACCCCCCUUGCAGUCAACAGGCUUCUCUUCUGCAAAUCAGCAAUGUCACGUACAGAAAUAUAUGGGGAAGUUCAAAUGCCAAAGUCGCAGUUACUCUCCGAUGUAGCGCAAGCAAGCCAUGCCAAAACGUAGUAUUGGAGGACAUCAAUUUGGACUACCGUGGCCCCGAAGGUCCUGUCACCGCGUUGUGCUCUCAUGUCAAUGGCCGCGCAAUUGGCCAUCAAAGCCCUCCCGCUUGCAUAUAG